CAUUUGUUGCUGCGUCUGAAAUCAGGACAUGGAACUGAAAUCGAAGAGCAAACCUGUGAACGUUCUCCUCGGAUGCGUCGUGGCCGUCUGCUUUUGUACACUUUGUGAGGCUGAAAGAAUCUGCACGGUUCCUCCGGGUCCUGUGACCAUCCCUGAAAACAACACGGCUGACGUGCAGGUGGUGAAAAUUGUCUCCAACGGUGAUGUGACGCUGACCCUCACCAUAAACCCUGAAGAUCUGUUCUACCUGAGAGGAAACGCCCUGAUGGUGAAGAAAGGACUCGACUAUGAGUCGUUGCACAGUGCGGCUCUGAUGGUGUGGGUGCAGUGCAGCAGAGAAGGCUCCAGAUCUGUGAACGAGUCUGUCGAAGUGUUGGUUGAAAACGUGAACGAUAACCCUCCAAACUUUGCACAGAGCCACUACGUACUGGACGUGAAUGAGCUCAUUCCAGUCAACUCCAGCGUGGGACUGAUAGAAGCAACAGACGUUGAUUCAGAGCCGCUGUAUUAUCGAUUAGAGCCUGCAACAGAUAAAUAUUUCCGUCUGGAAAACGUCAACACUCCAAAGAUAGUAGUUAAAAGCAUCCUGGACUAUGAUGUCGUACAGAAGAUCUCUCUGGUUUUACACGUGCAGGACACGCUCGACGGUUCGGCCUCCAAUGAGCCCUUCUUCACGUCCGUGGCCACCAUCCUGGUGCAGGUGAAGGACGUUGAUAACCGACCUCCCUGGUUUCAGCCUUGUAUGAGGACCAACUUGGGAAUUGCCAAACUGUGUGUGAGCACCGGCUACAGAGGCAAAGUCAAUCUCACUGAGAAGGAGGAAGGGCCGCUGGUGCUGGAGCCGGGUCCGGUGUUCGCCAAGGACGGAGACAAGAACCGCAGCGAGCAGAUCGGCUACAGAAUACUGAGAGGAAAUGAGGGGAAUAUUUUCCAAAUCGAUGAGGAAACAGGAAACAUUUCCAUGGCUAAAGCUGCUGAUAUCAUCGGCCCAAUAACUCUCACUGUGCUGGCGUCACAGGUGACCAACAGGGACCAGUUCGCAGUGACACAGGUAACCAUCGAGGUGAUGAAGAAGAGCAGGAACCCUCCUCGCUUCGAGAAGGAGCGAUACGAAGGAUUUAUCUACAGCAACUCAGUCCCUGAGAGCAUGAUCCUCCGAGACCGAAGCACCAACCGGCCCUUCAGGGUCCGAGCGCGGGACGAGGACUUUGCUGCUGGUCUGAAUCCAGAUGUGAAGUAUGAGGUUCAGUACAGCAGCUACGUCAACGUCACCUCUGAUGGUUUUGUGAUCCUGAAGAGAGUCGUAAAGACGGAGUCCUUCGCCCUUCAGCUCAGAGCCGUGGACACAACAACUGGAGAGUUUGGAACAGCUGCCCUCUCUGUGCAGGUCAUACCAGCGGUGGCCAGCCCGUCUCCGUCAAACGUUGGCUACCGUCCAGGCGACAUGGCGCUGCUGGGUCUGGUCAUGGCGGCUCUGCUGGUCCUUUGCCUCAUUGUGAUUGGCUUCUUGAUUUCCCGCUUGUGGAAGGGAAACGCCAGCGUGGACAAAAUCUGUGAGUGCCUGGGCCCCUGCCUGAAGUCCGACCAGCCCCGCUCCGGCCACAGAGACUCCCUGCAGUACACCAACGAUGGCUUCCAGAAUGAGGGCGACCUGAGUCGGGGGGGCGGCAGGCGCUGGAACAACGCUGUCCCCAGACGGAGCACCUUCCCUCAGGCACGAGGCCGGGUCAUCCCCCUGGAGAGACGGAGCCGCCACUGCUCCUCCUGCGGCGUCUACACCAACCACGUCACCAAGGGGAGCCCGUCGGCGAGACCGUCCAGGAGGGGCAGAGCAGAUGGGGACGAGUACAGCAUGAGGUCGAUCCUGGCCAAGCAGAGGAGGAAGGAGGGCCAGAAGACGGUGUGGUUCAAGGAGAGCGAGGACUCCUCUGACAUCGAGGUGGAGAUUAUCCCAGACACUGUGGGCCGGGUGGAGGAGGAGACGGAGGAGGAGCUGGAUAUGGAGGGGGUCGUCAGAGACCCCGCAGCCCCGCAGAGGGAGUCUGACGACGGGCAGGAGAGUCCGAGCACAGAGAGCACCGAGGAGCAGGACGGUGAAGACAGCAGCUCAGAAAAAGAGAAAGAAGGUCAGGAGCAGGAGGGCUGACAGCAGAGGUCAGAGGUCAAACUCCAGGCGGAGAAUGAAACUGAGCUGUUUGUCUUCUGGUCACUGUUUGGACACGGCAGCCUGCAGCAGGGAGGCCUCAGCCGUCCAGGAUGGCUCCUCCAACAUCUGUGGAUAACUGCCAAACCUCACGUACACACAAGGAUCCAAAAAGUAUUUAUUUUCUACUGUGAGUAUGUUAGAAGACUUAGAAGAGUCCCAGGUAAUAACUUUAUACCAUGUUUGAAACUUGUCACAAGUGUUGGCCACAAAUACACACUCUGAAAUGUUUGAUUUGUAUACUCCACUUAUACCAAGCUGACACACAACGUGGGUCUUAUUUUCGUAGUUUUGGUUGUAAUUAUAACUUUGUACUCACUAAAUGACUUUGUGAAAAUGCAGCAACAUCACAGCUGAAGUCUGACGAGAUAAAAUACAGAAGCGUACAAACCCCACAGGGCCACAGGGCCACAGACCAAAAACAAAAGUGAACGACUGAAUUAUUACCCCAACUUUCCACUGCAACUUUGGCCGGCUGAAUGUUGACAGGAGGUGACGACAGACUGACCUGCUGUCGAUUAAAAUCAGGUUAUUGUUGAAAGUGAUGGGAAAAAGAUUUACUGCUAAUAUCACGUAUAGAGUUUGACUGUAUGAUAAUUAGAUGAUAUUGUUUUCUGGUGGCCUGUUAUAAGUGUUGUGUGGCCUGGUGUCGGCUGCAGCCUGGAUACUGGGAAUGAACUGUUGGUUGUUUACAAUUUGAUUUACUGUCUGACUUCUCUGUAGUGAUGUCACAGUGUUCCAACAUCUCUGCAGUUAUUUUGGUGAGUACAACGUUCUCAUAACGAACAGAAACGACAGCCAGAACUUCUCUAAUAAGAUCCACGUUGGAAAAAAGCGGCCUGUGAGAAAGGGUUGCAAACUGACAGAGGAUCAGUUUCUAAUAAGGCAUCAUUUCUAAAAAGGUUUAAACGUUGUCAUUAAAGCUGCAACUAACUUUGAUUAUUCAGCAACCUGUCGAUUAUUUUCUAAAGCCAAAUGUGACGUCUUCGAAUGUUUUGCUUCGUCCAGCUAACAGUUCAGAACCCAAAGAUAUUAUAUUUACUAUGACCUAAGACAAAGAAACGCUGCAAAUCCUCAUAUUUGAGAAGUCUGCAGUUAUUAAUGCUGAAGGUAUAUUUAAACUUGUGCGUCAGCUUUAUGCAGAGCCUACGCCGUCAUGAGCGUUAAUAUUUGUACACUUAUACUUGUGUCUGCGUCACUCUGUAGUUACACCUCCGAAACACUAGUCAGUGGUGGGGUUUCUGUGAAGUGCUGUAAAGUUUAGUUGAUUCAAAACACACAUUAAACACACAUUA